CACACACUCAUCACACCAUACACUCACUCACUCACAGCAGCACUGAAACUCCACACCAGUGAAGGGAGAUGCGAGCGGCUGGCACACACUGAAGCAGACACACAGCACCUUCACCUCCAGGCAGCCUGACACUCUCCUCCUGCCCAGAGAAAAGGCCACUUGACAAAGAACACUGCAGUGACCUCCAGCAGUCAGACUCUACCUAAUCCACAAAGAAAAGGGAACCUGACUCUGAGAAACGAGGGAAGGAAGGAAGGAGCGAUCGUACCCCACUGCUGUAACACGACCCACCGGACAGAGGGGCAGGCGGCCAUCUGUGGCAGCUGGGAAACAGAGGCAGGAUGCUGGCUAAAAUCCUUCAGGACAUGUGGGUGGAGCCGGAGGUGCUGGAGGCCCUCAGUGAGGACCAGAAGAGAAUCCUGUUCCUGAAGAUGAGAGAGGAGCAGGUACGCCGCUGGAGAGAGAGGGAGGAGAGGGAUGGAGUAGACGGCAACAUCAACAACAGGCCAGACAAAGUCUCCAGGAAGACUGUGAGGUGGCUGCUCGGUCGGGAUGGAGACGUGAGCGUCACUGUCAUUGGAGAGAUGGAUGAAUUCCGCUCCUCCAAACUCCUCCAGAGACUUCUUAACAACAGACUCCAGAGUGAUAAUAUGAAUGGCAUCCAGACAGUGGACUUUCUGCCAGGAAGAGAGGCCCGAGAGCUCGGCUUUACACAAGAAAUCCACUUGCCCCUCGCAGAUGAUUAUUCAGCUUCACCCAGUGACCGGACGUCAUCUGAGGAGGACGUGGACUCCUGCAGCGCCGAUGACGACCUGAAGGACCCUGUGGAGGACAGUGACAGUGAAUCAGGCAACAGCUCAGACAAUCUCAGCGACUGGGCUCCUCUCUACAGGCCCAAUUUUAGUAGCCAUGGCAACCAGCCGCCGCUCAAAGCCCAACUGUCAGAUGCAGAGAUCGCCAACCGACAAGAGAGAGGGACUGUGCAUUGUGACGAGAACAGGGGUCGUGUUGCUCAGCUCAGGAAGACAUUUUCAAGUGACCUUAACGGCACGACACCUGCCUACAGCAAACCUCUCCUACCUGCCAAACCUGCUCACCUACAGAAAAGAAACACACCGUUGAUCCGUUAGGUCUCCAGAUUGUUCCACCCUGCUACAAGAUAACAUUUGACCCCAGAAAAACACAGAGCGAGAGAGAGAGCAGUUACACACUAAUGGACCAGGCUGCAGCCAAAUACAUGUGGAGGAUGAAGGUCCUGACAUAAACCUGGACGAUGCACUGAAAUAGACCAGACCACGCGGACCGACCCACAGACGGAGAGAAAUCCGUGGAUGUUGGAGUGGAAGAAAGACUUGAAAGCUUCCUGCAUUAUAAAAUGAAGCAGCUUUGAUGUUGCAGAGUUCAAAUACACUCACAUGGCUUUUGUUAAUAACAGACAGACUCAGAGCGAGUUGUCCAGAGAUGUACAUAGACCACUGACUUUAAGUGGAAAACACUUAACACUGCACUGUGCUUCACUUUUUUAAAUGACUGUGUAAUGAUAUUAUUAUUAUUAUUAUUAUUAUUAUUAUUAUUAUUAUUAUUAUUAUUAUUAAUAAACUGUUAUGGGAGGGAAAUCAAAAUGUGGACUUGCUAAAAAAAAUAGUUACUUUCUGUGCUUUUAACAGGCUCUAAUAGUUUGUUUCUGUUUGUUUGUUUUAUGGACUUUGUGUAACUUGUUGUAACGUCACUGACUGUCAUCAGUGUUGGUCAACAGUCACUUUGGUGUAGGAACUUGUAGAUGAAAUAACAGCACUGUAUUCUUGGUGAUCGGUCAAUGUGCCUUUAUAUGUCAGAACUCUUGUUAGGCAGAAAUAAAGCAUCCCUUAACAAAUUA